AACUUGUAAACAAGAAGGCAUCAUGGCCGCCUUCGGCAUGCUUCUGGGGCGGUCAAUCAUGAGAUCGUCUCGUGCACUUGAAGUGAACAGCUUGUUGACAGGGGCAGUGAGUAGACCAAUACUACAGCCAUGUUGUGUCCAAUCUACAAUCAUCAUCACCAGAGACGCCAGUUUCUUCAACAGAUUAACCGAUACACAGAUCUGGGACAGCGUCACAGGAGUCAGUAACCAAGGAAAGAUGAAGGGUCGUGCCAAAGGCAAACGCAGAAAGUUCAAUGUCAAAACAAGAUUUGGGGAAGGAGGGAAGUAUAAAAUGAGUUACCCGUCUAUGAGUGGAAUGGGACGAGAUACAUCGAUCACUUCUGAGAAAGUUGAUGCUACCAGAGUAAAUGAAGAUUCUAAGAAGGCACCCAAAAGAGAAAAAUUAUUCCCACUACAGCGAGGCUAUGUCGGGAGAAGGAUUGUGGGAGCCAAACUGGACCCUCCCAAGCCUAAAGGAGAUUUUACAUUUGAAGGUUUCCAGACAGUCUGUGUUCAGCAUUCCAUUGUAGCCAACAUGACGGGGACACUAGGACGAAAGAGGUCCCAUACCGCUCUUGUUGUUGUAGGAAACGGCAAAGGUUUGGCAGGGUAUGCCUCGGCCACUUCAACGUCACAGUUUAGGUGUAUUGAAAAGGCAAGAGAUGGAGCAUCACAACAUCUGCGGCACAUUGACUUAUAUGACGGCCACACAGUAUUCCACAACAUCCGAGCUACAGAGGGUCACACAACAGUCAUGGUUAACAAGCAGGAUAAAGGUUAUGGACUGAAGUGUCACAGGAUAAUUAAGUCCAUCUGUGAGUUGUAUGGAAUCGAAAAUAUCCAUGUUAAGAUUGAGGGAAGGAUCAAUGACACCAACAUUGCCAAAGCUUUCUUCAAGGCACUUCUCCAACAGGAAACGCACCAGGAGCUUGCUGACCGCAUGAAGAUGCAUGUCGUGGAGUUCCGCAGGGAGAAACACUACUUCCCACAAGUGGUUGCUUCACCACAAGAUGGUGCCAUCAAAGAGGCCCCCAAGGAUAAGAAAACUAUGAAUUUGAGAACUUGUAUUUCAAAGGAAAGACUCAAUUUUUCCCCAAAAGACCACCAAUAUUUUACAAGGGCACUCCGUCAUGGUACAAGAAGUCACAUCAACUGUAUAAAAUCAGAAAUCAGAAAAGUGCACAGAUGAAAAGGCGCAUACUAGGACUUGAAAAUUUCUCCAACAGGGAUGUUUAACAUAUAGCUUAUCAUUAAUAGAGAAUUUUAGAAAUGUGUGUUCGAGAGGAAAGACUUCUUGAUGCGAGUGAUCGAGAAAAUACAUGUUUUCCAACAGGCA